GGUAUUUACUGCGCUCGUGCUGUAUUUUCGCUUUUUUACUUCAAAUCUCAACUCAACAGCAGCUCUCGCCACUCUCUCUCUCUCUCUAAAAACCCUCAAGGAAAUCCCGCUUUCAAUUUUGCUGAAGAAAACACCACUUGAGAAAUCUUGAUUAUGGAAGAUGAGCGAGGUACCGGGGGUCAUGAUGGUGGGGGUGGCUCAGAGCCGCUGUUGAGUAGUAAAUUGGCUGGUGAAAGCGUUGUGGGUAAUAUGGUUAGUGAUAAUCAGGUCGCAGAAGUUUUUGGGGAGGGAGAGGGUGAGGAAAUAAUGGUAGAGGUUGUGGGUUCUGAUGUUUAUGUAGAUGGGAUUAGUGGCAAUGGAGAGGGCGACGUUGAGAUGGGAGAAGCUGGGGGCUUGGAGGGUGGUGUGGUGGAGAAAAACGAAGAAUCUAAGAAUGUUUCAAGAGAAGGGGAUGGGAAGAAAAUAGUGGAAGGUGGUGUGGUGGAGAAACAUGAGGAAUCUACAAAUGUUUCGAGAGAAGGGGAUGGGGAGAAGGCGGCGGAAGGUGGUGUAGUGGAGAAAAAUGAGGAUUCUAUGAAUGUUUCGAGAGAAGGGGAUGGGAAGAAGGUGGCUGAAGGUGGUGUGGUGGAGAAAAACGAGGGAUCUAGGGAUGUUUCAAGCGAAGGGAAUGAUGGGAAGCCGAUGGAAGAAGGUGGUGUGGUGGAGGAAAGCAAAGAAACUAUGGAUGUUUCGAGAGAAGGAGAUGGGAACGAGAUGGAAAAAGGUGGUUUGGGGUCAUCAGAGUCGAGGGAUGAAAAACACGGUGCUACUAAGAAAAUAGAUAUCAAUUUGAGUAAUUCUGUUGGCGCUGAGAGUGAAGAAGUUAGUGCAUUGCCAGUAGGAGGGGUUAGUGGUGUCGAUAAUGAGGAGUGGAAUCCGGGAAUUAAAGCAGCAGACGGGUCUUCAUCAGAAGCCAGUGUGCCUCCUACAGAAGUUUCGGGCGCAUCUCCUAUGGAGAUUUGUGAAGAGGAGAAAACUAAGGACGAAACAGUUGAUAAGGAUACUUCUGAGGAAGUGAAGCCCGAAUCUUCAAACCAUCCCGUGGAAGCUAUUUCUGAUGAAAAAUCUGAUCUUGCAGAGGAAAAAGAAGCAUUGCCCAGUUUGCCCUCAAGUGAUACUUCUAUUAGUCAAGACCCCGUUGCAGCGGAUUCUGUGAAGUCUCACGGGGAAACUGAAGAAACACAUGAAGGUAAUGGUGGAGAACUUUUAGGCUCGGGCACCCAGAAAGAUGGUUGUUAUAAGGCUGAAAUUGAAUGUUCAAGUUCUGAUGGAAAUUUGGGCAUAGAGGAAAAAUCCGUUAGUGAAAAAAAUGUUUGUGCUGCUGAAAGAAAGAAAAUGAUUCCUGAAACGGAUACCCUAGUAUCAGAGGUUCCAGAUGAGAGUCAAAAUUGCUCGGACGAAUUUCAUGAUGCUCAGCUUGAGCCGAAAGAUCAGACUGGCGGUGCUUCUCAUGCUGGUUCAGAAUCCAUUCAUGAAACCACUUUUGAGAGUCGGAAAGGGGAAACCGAAGGUAAGGAUGAAGCUUGUAAGAGUGAAGGAGAUUUAGAAACUCAUAUAGCUGAAAACGAUGUUUCCUCUGCCACACUUAUUAAACUUGCUGAUGGAGGUGAUACUACUGAAGUAAACGAAGAGAGAUGCCUUGAUGUCAAUGUUAAAGGUGAUGCAAAGGAAAAUGUGCAAAAUAAGAUGAGCUUGAGUUGUCCAGCUGACAAGGAAAUUGUACGGUCAGAUUAUGGCAUUGACUCGGACCAACCUGUCGUCGUGAAAACAGCGGGAGCAGAAACGGGGUAUCAGAAUGCUGUGAUCUCUCCCGUGAAAGCUGUGGAUGGGGUUGGAUCUGGUGAAGAAGGCAAGGAAGCUGAAAUUCCUGCGCAAGAUGAUUCUGCUGAAAAUGUUCAUCUUCCGAAAGAAGGUGAACAUGCAGUGGUUGUGGAUGGGGGUGUAUCUGGUGAAAAAUGCAAGGAUAUAGAUUCGGAAAUUUUAGGGAAGUCUUCAACUGGCCAUGGAAAUGCUGAAAUUCCAGCGGAAGAUGAUGCUGCUGAAAAUAUUCAUCCUCAUGAAGAAGGUGAUGUGAUGGUGACUGAAGAGGAUGUCGCUGGAGAGUGUGGGUCGCCUCAAAGCACAAAACAAGCGGUUGCUUUGCAAAUAACCGAAACAUCAAAUAACGGGGCUGAGAAUACUAAUACGGUGCCAAAUGAAGUCACUAGCAUUGCAGCUGAUUCUGAUAUUAGUUCACCCCAAAGUACAAAACAAGCGGCUGCGUUGCAAAUAACCGAAACAUCAAAUCACGAGGCUGAGAAUACAAAUACGGUGCCAAAUGAAGUCACUGCUGUUGCAGGUGAUUCUGAUAUGGCUCAAGACUCCAUUGCUCCAGAGGGAACUGGGAAUGCAGAAUCGCUUGUAUCCUCUACUGAUAAUACUUUGCUCCAUGGAACCGGUGAUAAGGUGGACUGUGACGAGGGGUACAAGUCCAAGGAAGCUGAUGAGAUACUUAGUGAAUCGAAUGGAUUUCAUGAUGUUUUGGAGGCCCCGGAGGGUCACACGUCCGAGGCAAAACCUAUGGAUGUUGAGGAGGAAACAGAAUCUGACCAAACAUGUCAUGAAAGAGAAUCCGAGGGACCUUCUUCCGAGAGUGAAAAAUCAAAGGUGUCAAAUGAAGUAAUGUUCAAUUAUGCGGGCUGCUUGAGAAUGAAGCAAUCCGGUUACUUGAUGCCUCCAGAAAACGAGGGCUGUUUCGCCCCAUCGGAUUUGGUCUGGGGUAAAGUCCGCAGUCAUCCCUGGUGGCCUGGACAGAUAUUCGAUCCUGCAGAUGCCUCGGAGAAGGCUGUUAAGUAUUACAAGAAAGAUUCUUACUUGGUAGCGUAUUUUGGCGAUCAAACGUUUGCGUGGAACGAUUCAUCUGCAUUGAAGCCUUUCAGGUCGUACUUUUCCCAGAUUCAGAAGCAAAGCAACUCCGAAUCAUUCCAUAACGCAGUCAGCUGCGCCUUGGAAGAGAUCGAGAGACGAGUGCAGCUAGGGUUGUCAUGCUCUUGUACACCGAAGGAUGAGUAUGCUAAGAUUGAGACUCAGGUUGUGGAGAACACCGGGAUACGUGAAGAGUCAAGCCGAAGAUAUGGUGUGGAUCAAUCAAGCUGCGCCUCUCGUUUUGAACCUAGCGAACUUCUUGAGUUCAUCAGAGGUGUGGCGCCUCGUGCGUCUUCUGGAGCUGAUGGACUGGACCUCGUGAUUGCUCGGGCGCAGCUAUCUGCGUUUUGUUGUUUUAAGGGAUACCGGUCCCCGGCUGAAUUUCCUGCAUCUGGAGAAUUGCUCGAAAUCGAUGAACAAAUAGGUGAUGAAGCAGCUGCUUCCCGCAAACACAGACCGAAAGAAGGCGCUCAGUCGAGGAAGGAGAGAAGCUUGAUGGAACUAAUGGGCGACGGGGAGUACUCGCCAGAUGCUGAAGACGAGCCAGUCGCUGGAAAGAAACGGAAGGCGCUUGAUUCUCCAGCAGAAGGGUCGGACAAAAGGGUGAAUUUCUCCGCAGCGAAAGUACCCACACCAACCAACCAAGCUCCGAAGCCUUCCUUCAAAAUCGGGGAAUGCAUCCGUAGAGUAGCCAGCCAAUUAACUGGUGCCACAUCAUUGGUGAAGGGCGGGAACGAUGAAAUGGCAGUUGAUGGCUCUCCGAGCGUGUACGAGCCUUCUGAGAAGCAAGGUGGUGUAGUGGUUCCCGCAGACUCUUUAUCGGUAAACGAGCUGCUAUCUCGACUCGAGCUGGUGGCGCAAGAUCCUAAGAAGAGGCAUAACGUCCAAAAUGACAUUCGUUCUUUCUUCAUGGGUUUCAGAAGCUCGACUGCUUUAAGUAGACGAGGUAGGAAGAAAAGAUCUGAGCAAGCAGUCGGGGGAUCCGGUGAAGAAUUUGAAUUUGAUGAUGUUAACGACUCUUAUUGGACGGAUAGGAUCGUGCAAAACUAUUCCGCUGAGCAACUGAUACAUGAAAGAAUGAACGGAUCCGGGAAUCUUCAGCUAGUGCCGUUUGGCGCGGAGAAGCCUGCAAAGGCAGGUCGUAAAUCUCAUUCUAGAAAGAGAUUCUCGAGUGGGAACUCUCCGACUUCAGCCCCCGAAUUUGAUGAGAGUGCCAAAAGGAUCAAGCAAGAGACCUCUCCAGCAGAGCUCAUAUUGAACUUUGCAGAGAGGAAUUCUGUCCCUUCGGAAAUCAAUCUAAACAAAAUGUUUAGACGUUUCGGGCCGUUGAUGGAAUCAGAGACGGAGGUUGAUCACGAAACCGGUUCUGCCAAAGUGAUCUUCAAGCGGGGUUCAGAUGCUGAAGUUGCUCAAAAUAGUGCUGAGAAGUUCAGCAUAUUCGGACCCGUUCUUGUUAAUUACCAGAUAGGCUACUCGCCCGUGAUCUCAGUAAGAAUUUCGCCUAUUACGCUCUCCCAGCCACAGGAAGAGGCAGCUAUGGUGCUAUAGCUGUGAAGUAUGGCCUUGUUUAUCAUUAUCCGAACUAUCGCCAUCUCAUUAUUGCUUGGUGUUGGAUGAUUGGGGAUGCAUACGAGCGUGAAAUUGUGGAAGAGGAAAAGCUGUGGCGAAGCAGCUCGUGGGAAUCGGGUGCUGGAGAAGUGGACCUAGUGAGUUUUUUUCCGGUAUAUCCGUUGUCUAUUUGCAUUGUACUAAGAGAGGGAUGUUACUUUGUUGUAUUCAAGGAAAUAUUUGAAGGUGGGUCUCAUUUGAUUUGCAUCA